AGCCGAAAAUCAAACAAAGAAUUCUACAGAAAAACCGAAACGCACGCGUAAACGCCUCGUAGCAGUAGUAGAUGAUCCCUACGAAGUGGAAUUAGUCCCAAGAAAAUUUCGCAAAUUAAGUGAAGAAAAGCGAUUUCUGGGAAGUCAUCCGCCAGUUAACCCUAGGGUUACGUCUUCACGUUCCUACAGAAUAGACUCUGAACAAUAUAUACACCCCGCGGCAUGGCAGCAUUCUAGUAUUGUUGACCUAGAAAAUGAAGAAGACAUUGAUUGUAAACGGAAUUAUAAGCUCUUCACGUAUCAUGUGGAGCAUCGGUAUAAUACUUUGGUGGCAGACAUCAAUUUUAGACUACAUUUUAAAGUGAAGGACUAUAUUGAUGAGGAAGAAGAGCGUCUUGCAGAAGUAGAAGAACGCGAUAACCUUUCGAUCAGCGAUCUAAGAGACUGGCCUCCUCUUUCGGAGGAAUAUGUGGAAAAAUAUUUGAAUCUAGAAAAUAGAGUUUUAGCUAUAGGAGAAGCUUUAAAACAGUGUAAAAGGCCUAGGCUUGAAAAAGAACCUGAUGUUAUCAAUAAUAAAGUUACCACUCUUGAAAAAGUACAACAUUCGGAACAUAAUAUAGAAUGUGAUCACAGUUUGACUCGAAGCAAAGAAGAAUCUGCCUCAGAUUCCAUGCAACAUGAAUCAGGUCUUAGUAAUAGUAUUGCCUUGAAAAACAGCUCGAGUGUGGAUAUUAUUACAAAUUUCAACGAAUCUGCACUACUUGAAAAUAGUGAAAAAGAAAUUACUAUAACCAGUGACGAAUACAUAAACGUAACAAAUUUAACAGCGCAAAGUGCAUGCUUGGGCCGUGAUCUGAAUUCGACGGAAAAGUCAAUUUUGGAAUGUAUAUACGAAUCCGAAAAUUUAGAAAAUGCAUCAGCUUUCAGUUUUCAAAUGAAAUCUUUUGAAUCUAAUGCAUUAGGGAAUUCUGCUACAUUAAAUGAAAUUAAUAAAAGUGAAAUUGCCAUCAGUAACAUAGCGGAGCAGUCAAGAAAUGAUACUGGUUUAGGUGAUAGCAUUAAGGAACAAACUCAAAUGAAUGACUGUAGUAAUAUAAACAUCGAAAAGAAAGGUUUGUUGGUUGACAAUCCUGAUUUAACUGAUAAUUCAUCUGUACUACUUAAUAAAGAUCAGUGCGACCAACAAAUAAUUGAGGUGACGGCUGAAAUGAAAACCAAUGAUGACGAAAACGAAAUCCACCUGAAUAAAAUUCGUGUUUACCUCCCACAUCUAGACGAUGAGGGCGUAUAUUUUUCGGAUUUGGAUGACCAGGAGCAACGGAUGCUAUCACCCAGAGUAGUUACAACUGACGUUUUCCCUUGCAUACCCAACAAGGAAAAUAUAACUAUUAUUGUUGAUGAUGAUAUAAGGACCCUUUUAAAUAUAGUAGAUGAUGAACCACCUCCUACAUAUACGAUGCCUGUGCAAAUCCGACCAUUUAUACCUCCCGUGAAGCUGAAUAUUUUCAAAUUUCACGAAAAAAUACUGAGGCGACGUCUGCUGUUUAAGCUUGGAUCAGAAAUGGAACUUUUUCUUCAAUCACGUUCAAUGAAACGAAUACACUGUACUGAUGCAAAUGAACAACGACAGUAUAGACCAAUGAAGUUAUUUAACGACUCUUUAGAUGCCGCAAACGAGGCAAAAGAAAUUAACAGAUAUGAUAGCGAAACAGACUAUAUUCUUAGCGACGGUGAAGAUACGGAAGACUUCCUGGGAUUUACUGAGGAAGAGCAAGCAAAUAAGAUUUCACAUCGUUUAAGCAGGGAUUCUGGCGUUGAUGCAGAUGUGCCGCUUACGUCUAACUUAAGCAAAGAUACCAAGUUCCAACCAGAAUAUGCGGAAAAAUAUAAUGAAAAUACUCAGAAUCCCCGUGAUCCUAAGGAUAGUGAAAUCGAAGAGAGAAAUAAUAGUGAAAUGACAAAAUCUACUAACACGAUUGAAUUAACGAAUGAAGUUCAUUCAGAAAUGAGUAAUUCGAUUGAGAAUUCAUCAUUAUUUAUAGAAGACGUGCACGAGAUUGAAAACUCUAAAACAAAGAUACAAAAAUGGCAUGAGUAUUUGCAUCCUAUUUUAGCGAAGGCUCGGGAGCGUCACCAUUUCGAUGUUUUUCAGUUGGGGACGGAAAUUAUGAACGAACUUCAAAAACCUAUUAUAUCCAGAAGCCAUACUCAGACUUCAUCAAUCACAUUCCAAGAAGUAAUGAUUAAUAAGGAUGAAAGUUAUGUGUCACGCUACUUUUUAUCAACUUUGCUACUG